AUGGCGGAACUCCACGCAGAAGUGCCUCCAGGCAGCCAUCUGACAGAGAGGCAGAUGGAAGAUCUGAAGACAACAUUCCGCAAGUUUGACGCGAAUGGCAAUGGCGUGAUCACACUUGAGGAGCUCAAGCAAGCCAUCGCCAGCGUCUCCUACCGCAGGUCACAGGACCCAGAGGCCGUGGCCAUGGAGAUGCUGUCGCUGUCGGAUGAGGACAAGGACAAAGGAGUGACGUUCCAGGAGUUUGUCAACUCCAUUGUGUACCGCACCAACCCGCAGGGCCAGAGCACCACCGGGUUCAGGUCGCUGGUGAAGAAAGUGGCGCUUGCGUACGUCAAGAAGUCCGAGCAAGCCAAACAAGAGGACUACCUCGACCAGUACAAGUUCUGGCCCCCACCCGUGUUUAUGCUGCUCAUCACUAUCGUCAUCAUCAUUGUGUUUGCCGUGUACUCUGCGCGGGAGUGCGGCCCCGACGUCGACCUGGAGUGCCCCGUCAGCUUCUCCAGCGAGCUCGCCUUCCGCCCAGGCUGCAGGGAGGAGGUGUACCGGUUCAUCACAUACAUCUUCGUGCACGCCGGUAUCACCCACAUCCUCUUCAACUGCCUCCUCCAGGUGCGGGCGAACACCACACUCCCCCCCGCUCUCUCUCUCUCUCUCUCUCUCUCUCUCUCUCUCUCUCUCUCUCUCUCUCUCUCUCUCUCUCUCUCUCUCUCUCUCUCUCUCUCUCUCUCUCUCUCUCUCUCUCUCUCUCUCUCUCUCUGUCUCUCUCUGUCACUCUCUCUAUCUCUCUCUCUCUCUGUGUCUCUCUCUCUCUCUCUCUCUAAUUUUCUCUUCUUUCUAACACAUAUUAUCUCUAUAUAUAUCUCACACUCUCUCUCUCACACACUCACUCUCUUGAUCUCUUUAGGGAUACCUGGGCUCAUUGUAUACCAUGAAUUCGUACUAGCUCUGUCCUACGCUGUGCAUACUAUUCACGAUACCUCUGCCUCUUCUUCCGUGUCAUACAGCGGGCACAUGGCUGGCUUCAUCAUCGGCUGCACUCUCGGCACUUCCAUCCUCAAGAAUCUUGAGGGCCACCGCUACGAGAAGGUUGUCGGCUAUGUUGGGAUUGGCAUUGCCGUGGCCGGGUUUGUGUUUGGCCUCUUCUGGAACAUCUUCUACGACUACGAGAUUGACUCGUGCCCUAAGCUCUGAUGAUGGCAACGGCUUUGUUUCAUGGUUGUGAUUCGUGACGAUCAUCAACCAUAACGGCGCUGCCACUGCUGGUGGUGGUGGUGAUGCUGCUGCCACUGGUGGUGGUGGUGAUGCUGCCGUUGUCGAUUCGUGCGUGCAUGCGUGUACGCCUGCAUUUGUCACGCAGUGUCUGCCCCACUCCUCCCACAUCCUUGGGUGCCCCGACCACCACCACCUCUUCUUCUUCUCUUCCUCUCUUCCUCUCUUCCUCUCUACCCCCUUUCUUUAUGCUUCAUCCGGUCUUCUCCCUUGCAUGUGCAUAACGAUGCAUUCGCCUGGUCGGUCUGUCUGUCUGCCCUGUCAUGUAUGGUGAGGGGGUUCACCACGUGCCCUCUCCUUUCUGUUUCAGACGCCCAUAAUGUAAUUCCCCCAUUUCAACACACACGCAUGGCGGUAGCGGUGGGUGUCUGUGGAGCGCAGAGGGGGA